AUCCGGAACACUAAAUCUCAUCGCCAUCGCUCACAGAAUCAGUUUGAUAUUGCAUAUUUUCUCAAGAAACAAAUACUCACUUUUCGAUCAACUGCUAUGGCUCGCACCAAGCAAACAGCGAGGAAAUCAACCGGAGGAAAGGCGCCACGCAAGCAGCUGGCAACUAAGGCAGCCAGGAAGUCAGCUCCGGCAACUGGGGGAGUGAAGAAACCUCACCGUUUCAGACCUGGGACGGUCGCAUUGAGAGAAAUCAGGAAGUAUCAGAAGAGUACUGAGCUCUUGAUCCGUAAGCUUCCUUUCCAGAGGUUGGUUAGAGAAAUUGCUCAGGAUUUCAAAACGGAUCUAAGGUUCCAAAGCAGCGCAGUUGCGGCUCUUCAAGAGGCUGCAGAAGCAUACCUUGUCGGUCUCUUUGAGGACACAAAUCUCUGCGCUAUUCAUGCUAAGAGGGUCACCAUUAUGCCUAAAGACAUCCAGCUUGCAAGGAGGAUUAGGGGUGAAAGGGCAUAGAACAGUCCAUCUCACUAGAAUACUGUAUUGCCUUGGUUACAUUUAUGGUUCUAUUUGAUGAUUGGUUAGGUUAUAAAUAUUCAGAUUUCGUGGUUGUAAAUUGUUUUCAAAUCUAAUACCUAAUUGGGUUUGAUGUUCUGGCUCCUUGAUGUAUUUGUCCAAAUUGUUAAAUGAAAUAGCAAUUGAAAGCUAA